AUGGCCGCCAUCCUUCUAAGGAGGGCGAUCUCGGCAGACUUGUUGCCUGGUUUCGAUGCCGAUAGCGACCGCAAAAAAUACGUGCUGCUGUUGGGUGGAGAGCCUCGUCUCCACGUGAAGACCAAGUCCGCGCAGACCUCGAGUAUCGAGAUCUGUUGCGAGACAGAUCCAGACAAUUGCACGCGUUACGCGCUGGAGCACUCCUUGAUUGAAUUCGACGAGAAACCUGCCAUCCUCGAGAUUCCGGCCGCGUCAUCCACGAGGUGCAGUCUGACCGCUCGAGGCUUGAGCAAGAAGUCAUCGACAACGCUGGAUUUGAUGGUGGCGGUGAAGUCCGUCAAGAAUGUGUGUGACUGUCACAACAACAUCUGCAGCUGCUGCAAUGGUUAUCAGGGUGAACUCGAUGCAGACGGAGAGGAAGUACAGAAAUUGUGGGCGACUGAUUUCUGCACUCCAGUUCCCUGUCACAUUGAUAACUCAAACCGGAAACCGGGUCCCGAGUGCAACUGCAGCAUAGGCUAUGUUGGAGACAUUGUCUGGGACGGCGCUGAUGUACGUGGCAAUUGCACUCCUGCCCCAUGCCAGGAUGGCUACCAAUUCGACAUAAAGUGGAACGGAGACCGAGUGACCCAUUGUACUCCUGCUCCAUGCGACAUUGAAAAUUCGACCAGGAAGCCGGGUCUCCAGUGCCAGUGCAAAGACGGUUUCUCCGGUGAGGUUCAAUGGCACCAAUCCAUUGCUUCUGGUGAAUGUCUGCCAGCUGCCUGCGGCGUUCCAUAUUCCACCGGCGUGGGGCCGGAUUGCAAGUGCGCGGACGGCUAUGACGGCAACAUCAGCUGGAACGGUUCACAUGCUAGCGGGGCAUGUGCACCGGCUGCAGGCUGUGCAGACAACGUUGAAAACAGCGUAGGCGAAGGAGCGCACUGCAAGUGCCAAGAUGGUUUCGCAGGCAAGGUUCUUUGGCAGGGUGCAGUGCUUCACGGAAGCUGCAAAGCAGCAGAGUGCCACAUAGAGAACUCCAACCUCGAACCCGGCCCAGGCUGCAGAUGCAAGGAUGGGUACCAAGGUGAAAUAGUGUGGCAAGCAGACCGUGCUAUCGGCACUUGUACUCCGGCGCCCUGCAUGAUCGAGAACUCUAACGAGAAGCCGGGCCACAAGUGCGCCUGUCUAGCGGGAUUUGCUGGGAAGAUCACUUGGAAAGGCAACGCACCGCACGGACCCUGCAAACCCGCGUCAUGUGCAAACAUUGAAAAUGCAGUAGGCAGCGGAAGAAGGUGCAAGUGCGAAGAUGGCUUUGAUGGCACGGUGACUUGGUCGGGUGCCAAUGCUUCGGGAGAAUGCAAGCCUGCAACCUGCACAAUAGAAAACUCCAACAAGGAGGAUGGAUACGCAUGCAAGUGCCUCGAGGGCUUCGGGGGCAAAAUUACUUGGUGGAAUUCACGUUCCUACGGCAGCUGCCUUCCGCUGGAGUGCAGAGGGCCUCAUUCCAAUGGCAAGGAGGGCCCUGGUUGCGGUUGUACGGAUGGGUUCUUCAUGAAUGGGUCCGAGGAGGAUGGGUAUGAUGGGUUCAUUUCCUGGAAAGGACUGGUAGAUGCAAACAACAACACCUGCAGAGCAGGGCAGGCCAUGCUUGUCCAUGGCCGCCGGCAACUGUAUUUUGGUGCAUACAGAAAAUAUGUGAAGUUCGAAAUGAGGUGGACUUCUGCAGACGCCUUGCCGCCGGCCAAGUGCAAGGUGGUGCCCGACCCAGAGCACUUUAGCCUUACACGCUGGUGCGCAGCGACGCCUGGGCAGCCGCUGUGCUCCCCGCAAAUCGUCUAUACCGUGACCAGCCGCAAUGCAUCUCACUAUGCUUGCGAUGGUUGCAAGACGCCGGAGCAUGCCUUGACUGAGUUUAGAGGUAGGCGUUGUGGAUAUGACCUUAUUCAGUGGGAGUCCUUCACCAUCAACCCUGGGUCGCCUGAUGCAUGCACAUGCAAUCUGUCCUUGAGCUGCAGCGAAGUACCUGCAGAUGAACUCCCCAGAGCUUGUUUCGAGGCCGCGGAGCCUGCGGUCCUGAGCUAUGGCCUUGCAGGGAAGGAUGCGGACGGCUUCUUCAUAUUCCAUGAGACCGGAGAGUUCCAUCGCACAUCCAGCAAGGGCAGUGCUGUUUACAAUGAUUUGCUGGGUGCCAUGUCUGCGCACGUCACCUGGCUUUCUGACGGGGAGAAUCUUCUAAUCAACACCUCCCAGGAGACCGAGUUUUGGCGGGGGCAUGGAGCCGGCUUGCAAUUCUUCUACGACGGCAGCGUCGAAAAUGACGCCUGGUUGCGCGCCAGAACGGUGCUUCCAGAGUGGUGGAAUGUGAAGUUCAAGCAGGAAGCGGCUCUGCCCGGCAGUUUCAACACCGACAAAUUGGCGGGCUGCGAGCUCGUUUUCAAGUCGAAGGGCUCAUGCUACAGUGCUCGGUUGGGGCAGGGUGUCUGGGUUUCGCCAGCACAGGGAGAUUGUGUGUUCCAGGAUGUCGCGAAGGCAAAGGGCAGCAUCGCUUACAAGUACAGGUCAUCAGCCUUUGGGCUCCAAACUUACAGAUCUGAUGUGACCUGCUACCCGACAGCAGCCUUCGAAGAAAUUCUUGUGCAGGUGGUCGAUGUCGGCAUGCCAACGGCGGAUUUCGACUACACGGUUGCAAGGUCUCCCUGCCGAACAACGAUACGCUACAUGACGGAUGCAAGGUUAAAGCUGUCCGAAUGCCGCAGCUUCUUCAAGUAG